ACAAUUUUUCAACGGUAGCACGAUACCAAUAAUUUUGUUUAUACAAAAUUUAAUUAAUAGAGAUUAGAAGACUAUAUAAAGGAAUAUGCUAAAUCAUUCAUUAACAUUAUAGUUUUCAUAUUUUCAGUGACAAAAGUGCUUACAUAUCGAAAAUAAUUACAAAAUGGCAGAAAAUAUGAUAACUACAAGAUCUCUGGGAGUAGCUGUUGAAGGAGUAAAAGACCAAUAUGCCGAUGGUAAAGCUGCGAAGGUUUGGGAGGUUUUCAUAGGCGAUAAAAAUUCAAGAACUGAAAAUUACAAGAACUUUCUGGUUGGGUUGUUGAGAGAAAAACGUUGCAAGAGGAUUUUGGAUGUAGCUUGCGGGACUGGAAUCGAUUCCAUAAUGCUUCUAGAAGAAGGAUUUGAAGUGGUUUCCGUCGAUGCUUCAGAUAAAAUGCUGAAAUACGCUUUAAAAGCUAGAUGGAAUAGACGCAAAGAACCUGCUUUUGAUAAAUGGAUAAUUGAAGAAGCCAAUUGGUUGACGUUGUUUGAUGAUAUUGAAGACUUAGUAGGCGAUGGAUUUGACGCUGUGAUAUGCUUGGGAAAUUCGUUUGCUCACUUGUUGGAUAGUUAUGGCGAUCAACGUGAACAAAGUAAAGCACUGCGCAAUUUUGAAAAAUGCGUCAAACCUGGUGGUUUUUUACUAAUUGACCACAGAAACUACGACAGUAUUAUAGACACGGGUGAAACAGCAUCCAAAUGCAUUUAUUACAACCCAAAACACACUACUGAUAUAAGAACGUCAGUAUUAUACGUUAGUGGAAAACCGGCUUUGGUGACCUUGGAUUACUUGAUUGACCUGUCUUCGGAAAAUGAGAAAUCUGAUAUCAUCUAUCCAGAUGAGAGUAUAAGUGAAUUCAGAUUGUCCUACUACCCCCACAGACUGAAGGUAUUCAGGCAAAUGUUGGAAAAAGCGUUUGGUGAAAAUUCUUCGUAUCGAAUAUACGGCGAUUUUAAAACUCUAGAUCAAAUAGAAUCUCCAAAUUUCUACAUUCACGUCACUGAAAAAUCCAGUACUAUAUUUUAGACAGAAAUCUAUUUAUUAUUAGUUAGUUUUCUAUCUGAAUUCUAGCCCGUAAGAUUUUUAUUUUAAUUUAUUUCGGAAUAAGUAAUAGUUAAGAAAGUUUUUAUAAUAUAUUAAAUUCUAUAAAAUUUU